AUGUCUAGGCGGCAACAAUGUGAUCAUGCAGAGUUGCAAUACGAUACAUCACCACAUGCCGCCGGGGCGGGUUUCAAACGACCAAAUGCUGAUCGUCGGCUUGCCGCAACAACGAAAUCUGGUCGGAAUCCUUUGGCAGUUGGGGGCAUUGGCGAAAAGGCUCUGGGGGAACUAACAUCCAAAUCAGCAGCAGAUAUCGCAGCAUCCUUUCCAGGCCCUCUGGUCUUGCCGAAUGAUCAUUUGGAUAUAGAUCCGAAAGAUCCACCCCAAAGUUUCCGGUCAUGGCUCUUGGAGAGCGAGCGGAACAAGCCAACAAAGGAACGACGGACGCUCUAUGUGGCAUCCACACCCGAGAUCACCGCACCGAUGAGGCAUAUGAAAACUUGGUCUAAACCCAAGCUGCCGAAAGGCAAGAAGGCCAAGACCAUCGCUGAGCCAUUUGACAAGAUACAACCACUGCUCAGCAAGGAUGUCAUAGAGUAUCUGGCAGCAUUUUAUCCUGGCUUGACUGUCAAAAGCUUCCCAGAACGCCUCCGGUUCGUGCCGUGGUUGGAAAAGCAAGCAAGCAAUGAAAAAUAUGUUGGCAUCGCGCUUUCCAACAAUUGCACUCGUAUCCGGGCUCGUCCUUCUCCUGAUGGUAUCUUUGCCGGACAAUUGAACCUAGAGGAUAUUCUUGACGCAGCCAUCGCAAUGCUCCCCAGAGACGCAUAUGCUCUAGUCCUCCUGACCGAUCAUGAUCUUUAUGAGGACGAAGAAGACGACUUCUGUUGCGGGAGAGCCUAUGGCGGCAGUCGUGUUUGUGUUGUGUCAUCAGCAAGGUACCAACCUGUGCUUGAUGAGGAUGCGGACAUUGAUCCCGAACACAUGUGGCCGAAUUCUCAUUGCACCACUUAUAUUGAACAACUUUGCGAACGAGGAGACGCGAUGACCAUGUGCACGGAGGUAUCCAAUUCAAGAAUACCAACUACCUCGCCAAUGCGUGCCGCUAUUCAUGCUGCCACAGGUGUCGGGCCCAUUGUCGGUCAUCUGCAUGGUCUAUGGUUCUCGCGCCUGGCACGUACUGUAGCCCACGAGCUCGGACACUGUCUGGGGAUGGGUCAUUGCAACUACUACGCUUGCAUGAUGCAAAGCACGGCUAGCAUGGCCGAAGAUGUGCGACAACCGCCCUAUCUGUGCCCCGUUUGCCUAAGCAAGAUCACACACGCAAUGUAA